AUGAAAAAUGUGAGACCUAGCAAUCAAAAAGGUCCUCUUAGCUCUAGAGAACAACCCAUUAUUGAAGAAGAUGUAUCUUCCGAUAGGGAUUGUCAGAAUUGCCUUUUUCUAAAGAAACAACACCAAGAUUUAGUUGUUGAAUUGGACCAAAAGAUCAAAGAAAAAGAUGAUUUUAACAUAAAUUUUAUAUCAAUUGGUCAACUCCAACAACAUUAUAUAUCAAUUGUUCAACUCGACCAAAAUUAUAUAUCAUUUAAUCAACUCAAUCAACAUUAUAUUUCAAUUGACCAACACAAUCUAAAAAUUCAAACUCUCAUCAAAAGUCAUAAUACAGAGCUCAAUGGCUACAAGAAUCUUUCAGAACAAUACUCAAAGAUCAUCGAUGAGAAAUUAAAAACCAUUCAAUAUUUGGAAUCUAGAAUUCUGUCAUUCAGAGCAACAGAAAAUGAACAAUUGGCUAAGGAAUUUCGUCAAAACAAUAGUCAAGCUACAAUGUUGUCAACUAAACGUCCAAUGUUGGGCAUUUUCAAUGAAAAUUAUCUCGUUUUCAUCCGCCAAUGUAUUUCUCAGUUUGUUGAUGUCGUCCCAACUGCAAUCAGCGAUAGAAAAGUAGCAUUUAUAGUCCAACAAAUCUUUAAAGACUGUUUUACAUUUUGUAAACAAGUUCUUAUCGAUCCUCUCAUUGCUUUAAUCCAAAACAUGACACCUCAAGAAAAACAAAUUAUGGAAAACAAUUAUUUUGAGAUGAUGGGUGGAAAGGAUUUAAAAACCAUAGUACCAUAUCAAAGAGCUUAUCAAGAAUUUGAUUAUAUUCAAUCAUUAUUCUCAAAUGCCGAUCCAAAUAAAGAACAAGAAGCCAAAAUAGCCUUCAAGUCGCUCAUUGAUGGUUGUUGCAAUUAUGCUUGGAGAAUUUUAUUGACACAACCAUCGGUUGAGAUUGUCAAUGAUUCAUAUGAGCAUUUUGAAGCAUUCAACAAAGACAAUCAUAUUUCUUUCCCUUCAGCAGAAAUAUUGGAGAAAGGAUUUAUAGAUCUUUUAGUUCUACCUCAAAUCGUAUCAGUCAAAGACAAGAAAAUCGCCUCCAAAGCUUUGGUUUUCUUGGGCAAGAGUACAGAAGAAAUUUAUAUGAAUCAUUUUGAAGCAACAUAUAUAACCUUGAAAAAUUUGGUCGAUAAUCAUUCUCCAAUUAAAAUUAUUAAUUUAGAAUCAUCAAUACCGCCACCACCACCACCACCACCACCAAGAACAUCAACCCAAAGAGAUCGCCAAACACAAUUGAAAAAUGGACUCUCCAAGAAGGACUCAUCAUCAACCUCCUUACUUUUUAAAUUUGAAGAGAAGAAGGAUGAAAUGGAUACAGGUAAUGAUAAUAAUCAACAUGGUUUUUAA